AUGAAGAGCUCACGCCGGCCGUUUACGUGCCUGCAAUGCCUUCUGAGGAAUCGCACGCCCUCGCGUUCCUUUCACCCGUCGAGACCUACUCGAGCCUCCGAGGGCUCCUCUCCCUCCGCAGCCGCUCGUCCGCCUUCAGCUCCCAAACCCGUCAUCGACAUACGGCAUAUUCGCGAAAAUCCCGACUUGUACGAGCAGAACUGCCUCGAGCGCAACUACAAGAACCAGGCCGCUUACCCGGCUCGUAUCAAUGACCUCUUCGCACAGUGGCAAGCCCGCCAACGUGACGGGCGAGCUCGGCGCGAAAAGUCCAACCUCAUCCGCCACCAGAUCGCAUACCCGGCCACGCUCCGCGACGAACAGGACCCCGGUGUGCAGAGCAUAAAGGGCCUCAGCCGUGAGGAGCUGUUGGAACAGGCCCGUGUGCUCAAGGCGGAUCUGGCAGCCAUUGAGGACGAUGAGGCUCGCCUGACGCAGGAGAUUGAGUCUCUGGCCGUGGCUAUUCCCAACCUGACGAGUGAGGAGACGCCGAGGGGUGACAAGCCUCGGCUCUUGAGUUACAUCAACGACCACCCGGAGCCGGAACCGCUCCAGUCGGAUCGCGUGUGGCGAUCCCAUGUGCACAUUGGCUCGGAGCUGGGCCUGCUGGACUUCGCGGGGGCGGCAACUGCGACUGGCUGGGGCUGGUAUUACCUACUGAACGAGGCGGCACAGUUGGAGCAGGCGCUGAUCCAGUAUGCUCUGACGGUCGCGACACGAUACCGCUGGGCCCAGGUCAGCCCGCCGAGUAUGGUCUACAGCCACAUCGCAGCGGCGUGCGGGUACCAGCCGCGCGAUGUCAGCGGCGAGCAGCAGAUAUACUCUAUCGCACAGUCUCAGGCUGACAUCGAGCGUGGUCGCCCUGAACUGUGUCUUGCGGGCACGGCAGAGAUACCCCUAGCCGGCAUGAAGGCCGACACUCAGCUAGAGGAGUCUGAGCUGCCGAUGCGUCGUGUAGGCGUUUCGCGCAGUUACAGGGCUGAGGCCGGCGCCCGCGGCGUCGACACCAAAGGACUGUACCGGGUGCAUGAGUUCACCAAGGUGGAGCUGUUCGCGUGGACGGAGCCCGACGAGGUAGCCGUCACCGAGGUCUUUGAUGAGAUGGUCGACAUGCAAACCGAGAUCCUGCAGUCGCUCGGCCUGCACUGCCGCAUUCUCGAGAUGCCCAGCACCGAUCUUGGCGCCUCGGCGACGCGCAAGAUUGACAUCGAGGCCUUCUUCCCUAGCCGCCGCGAGAAGAACGACGGCUGGGGCGAGGUCACCAGCGCCAGCAUCUGCACCGAUUACCAGACCCGCCGCCUGGGCACGCGCGUCCGCAUUGGCGGCAAGAUGAAUUUCCCCUGGACCGUCAAUGGUACCGCGAUGGCUGUGCCGCGCGUUUUGGCAGCAAUCUUGGAGAAUGGGUGGGACGAGGGUGAGAUGACCGUCACCAUCCCUGAGGUGUUGCGGCCUUGGAUGGAUGGCAUGGAGAAGAUAGGAUUGAAGCACAGGUUACGAUGA